AGUUUCGGUUUCCAAACCUCAGAAAUGACUGGUGUGGUGUAAACCAGGCUGUUACUCGACGUCAACAGCUUGUUGUUUUCUGGUGGAAGGAAAGGCCGUGGGAGCAAUGGAGUCUGAAAUAUUCAAGUAUAUCUGCGCCAGUCAAGGAUCCGUCGAUGCGGAAGAGCUGAUGUUCAAUCUAUUUCCGGGCAAGUCCAGCAAUGACGUUAUUUCUAACCAGGAGAAGUUUGUCAUUUCUCUUGUAAACGGUAAACAGAAAGUGGUGGCCAGGACCAGCUUGAGGCUGUGCAGACACAAGGACUGUCCCGGGACAUGUAGAAGGUUACACCUGUGUAAAUCCUUCCUCAUCAGCGGGAUAUGUCAGUUAUCCCUGCAGAGGAGAUUUUGUUGUUUCUCUCAUGACUUGACCUCUGACCACAACCGGAAGGUAAUUGAGGAGCAUAACCUUGAGGCUCUGAGCAGAGUGGAGUUGUGUACGUUGCUGCUGCAGAAUGACCAAACGCUCCUUCCAUCUAUCUGUCAUGAUUACAAUAAUGGUGACCGGGAAUUUGGUCAAUGUCAAAAUGGUUUUGCUUGUGAGCGUUUGCACAUCUGUGAGAAGUACCCAAGACUAGACUGCAUCUGCUACAGGAACCACGAUUUUUAUGCUCCACAAGUAAUGAAAAUCUUUUAUGAUAAAGGAGUUCCUCCCAGCCUUUUAAGCUCUUUACGGUCUACUUAUGCAAAUAAAGAAGCAUUACGAGUCACUGAGUAUGGGGGAGCAAGGGGGCGCAAAGGAAAGCACAACCCUGCUGUCAACAAUGUUGAUGCAAAAAGUGGUUAUGGAGUGAAUCUAGCACAGAGGCAGUGGUACCGAGGGAGAGGUGGCAACAGAGGCAACAGGGGGAAUAGAGGCAACAGGGGCAACAGCAGAAAUGGAAGUAAACCUGGACAACAGCAAGAACACUCUUCCAUUAGUGACAUCACGAGUCACACUGAAGGCUUGGAUCUGUUCAGUGAAGAUGGACUUGAUGAUGGCAACAGUAGACAACCCAACCGGUCCAGCAGUGGCUUCUCUAUGGCAGAUGCUGAUGCAAAAAGUGAAGAUGGUUUAAAUUCUGAGAAGAGACAACAGAAUCAAGGCAGAGGGAGAGGUGGCAACAGGGGAGGCAGAGGGGGAAGCAGAGGAAACAUCCCACAGCCUUCCUUGAAUGAAGAUUUGAAUUUUGAUGAUUUGGAUCUGUGCAGCAAAAACCGACCAGAUGAAAGUUUCAGUCAGCAGGAAGAUCUUAAUUCAUCUAACAGCGAUGUCUCUGCUGUUGGAAAUGACACCGACACGAGCAUCACUAGUGGUCAGGGCAAACAACAGUCAGCCAAACAAAAUCAAACCUCAGCCGUCAGAGGACGAGACAGAAAACAGGACAGCCAUCGGAAGCUCUCCACUAGUGAUAUCUCUGCUGCCGUCUGCAACAAAAAUGGAAAUGGAGAUGAGGCGAGAGGAAAACCAAGACAAAAACAUGUUAAAGAUAAAACUGAGAUAUGCAUGUUCUUCAUCAAGGGGAACUGUAGGAAUGAAGAUCGAUGUUUUAAAGCUCACGACAAGAUGCCAUACCGAUGGCAGGUCCAGGAAGAUGGUCAGUGGACAGAUCUGCCUGAUAAUGAGACCAUCGAGGAGGACUACUGUGACCCCAAGAACACGUACAGUACCAGCAGCCCACCUGUCCAUUUUGACACGAUGAAGCUUGGAGAGAACAAAGUCAGAAGACUCUCAACUCUAAAUUCUCUGGUUGAGCCAACCUUCAUCCACACCACCGAGUGGCUCUGGUACUGGCAGGAUGAAAAUGGAAUGUGGAAACUGUAUGGAUCCGACAGUGGUACACAUGGUUCAGCAGACAUCAACAGUGCAAUGCUGGAGCAAAAGUUUCUGGACAACAGUGAAGACGAGGUGGAGUUUAGCGCUGGCUCACAAUCGUAUUCGCUCAGUUUUCAGGACAUGAUCCAGACCAAUAAGCACUACAGCACCAAGAGACUUGUUAGCAGACGUCCUCGCUUUGUCUCUGCCUCUGAUGUCAGAACAAAGAAGUUCAGAAGGCAGUUUUGUUCUGCUCCAGAAAACUGGGACAAGACCAAGAUCCCUGCUACAGGAUUCUUGCGAGUGGACCUACAGCGCACGUCAGAGGAAUUUCAAAAGGUUGAAGCUCUUUUCAGUUCAACAAUGCAAGGCUUCGAUAUCAUUAAGAUUGAGAGGAUUCAGAACAAAGCACUCUGGGAGGUCUUUCAGUGGCAGAAGAAUCGGAUGAGGGACAAUAACGGUGGCCGCUAUGUGACAGAAAAACAACUUUUUCACGGCACCGACUCUCAACACGUUGAUGCCAUCUGCAACGACAACUUUGACUGGAGGAUUUGUGGGACUCAUGGAACAGCUUUUGGCAAAGCCUUUCAGCCAAUGAGCUCCAGGGACCGACUGCAGUCCGAAUACAGUCACGUUCCCAUCAUGCAUUGUGGAAGCAGAGAGAGGAAAGGAGGGAGGGAGAGAGUUGGCUGGGAGGCUGAUCUGAGACCAGAGGAAGAAGAAGCAGCAGCAUCACCCAAGCAGGAAGAAGAAGGAUCAUCAUCCGACACUUGCUCAUCAUCAUCACCACCAUCAUCUAUUGCUCAGACCCACCAGCUCGUCACCACCAUGAACUACCUUCGUCGGCGCCUCUCAGACAGCAGCUUUGUUGCCAACCUCCCAAACGGCUACAUGAUGGAUCUACAGAGGCCAGCUCCUUCAGGGUCAUCCACUUCCUCUCCCACCUCUCCAGCCAUAGAGAGGCGGCAACCCCCAAGUCUCCCCACCCAGACCCAGAGUUCAGGGUCAGGAUCGGCCGCGGGCUCUGGGAGCUUCCUCAGCUCCUUCUCCAGCGUGGUGAAAAGUGCUCAGGUGGCUCAGAAUGUCGCUGCUGCUGCACACGCCAAGUCAUCUGCAGCCUCAGCUGCAGAAGGUGCUGCUGGGAGCAGUCAGCCGGCCAAAGCUGUGGUACGGAAACCCAAGAUCCUGCUGGUGGUUGAUGAUCAGCACACAGACUGGGCAAAGUAUUUCCGGGGCAAAAAGCUGAACGGAGAAUACGAGAUCCGAGUGGAACAGGCGGAGUUCUCAGAGAUCAACCUGGCCUCUUACGUCAACUCUGGAUGCAUGGUGGACGUGCAGGUCAACAAAGGUGGUACCAAAGUGGUCAGGUCCUUCAAGCCAGACUUUGUCCUGAUUCGCCAGCAUGCUUACAGCAUGGUACCUGGUGAGGACUUUCGGACUCUUGUGAUUGGCCUGCAUUUUGGUGGUGUUCCAAGCAUCAACUCUCUUUUCUCUGUCUACAAUUUCUGCAGCAAACCUUGGGUGUUUUCUCAGAUGAUUAAGUUGUACCACUCCCUCGGCCCGGAGAAGUUCCCCCUGAAUGAACAGACCUUCUAUCCCAACCACACACAGAUGGUGACAAACCCUUCUUUCCCUGUGGUCGUGAAGAUGGGCCAUGCUCAUGCUGGAAUGGGAAAGAUUAAAGUUGAAAACCAGCAGGAUUUCCUGGACAUCACCAGUGUGGUAGCCCUGGCGGGGACCUACGCCACCACUGAACCCUACGUCCAGUCCAAAUAUGACAUCCGCAUCCAGAAGAUCGGCAGCAACUACAAGGCCUACAUGAGAACAUCCAUUUCUGGUAACUGGAAGGCAAACACAGGCUCUGCCAUGUUGGAACAGAUUGCAAUGACAGACAGAUACCGUUUGUGGGUGGACUCUUGUGCUGGGAUGUUUGGUGGCCUCGACAUCUGUGCUGUGAAGGCUGUUCAUGGAAAAGAUGGCAAUGACUAUAUCAUCGAGGUGAUGGACAGCUCCAUGCCUCUGAUUGGUGAACACAUUGAGGAGGACAAACAGCUGAUCACACAGAUGGUCAUCAACAAGAUGGCCCAAGUGCUGCUGGGAGUUUCCACACCUCAACCUUCUGCUGUGAAGACUACACAGCCCAGACGAGGAGGACACCGCUCUGCUUCAGCCUCUCCAUCCCAAUCGGCUCAGGGAUCGCCUCAGAGAGCCCGCUCAGCCACCACCUCUCCCAGCCAGGCCUUCCAGCCAGGUCCCAUCCCUGCCUCCUCUGGGCCAGGAGCUCAGAAACAGUCGCCACAGCUAAAUAAAUCCCAGUCACUCACCAACACCUUCACUGAGACAUUACGAGGAAGCUUGACUGAUGAUGAGGCCAAAGCCGAGACCAUUCGCAGCCUCCGGCAGUCCUUUGCCAGCCUCUUCUCUGACUAACAGUCUCUCCUUCACGUCAUCAGGUCAACGACAGGAAACAAAUCAAACUUCAUCAGUUUUGGAACUUCAGUUUUGUGUUUCUUCUUUUUAGUAGUUGUGACAUUUUUCAUCCAUCCUCAGAUCGUCAAUAGAUAUCACCGGAAAGGCAGAGCCAUGUUUAGUAAAUUAGAUCAAAUGAUGCCAGACUUCCAGAGGUGAUAUUUUUCCCAUCUUCACUUUGAGUCUUGUCAGUUUUGCUGUAAAUGUCACCACAAACUUGUGUAUCCUUGAAUCCAGAUCAGCUGACGAAGGUUUGGCCUUUUCUGGUGGUAAAACAUUUCAAGAGACUCAUAAUUUAGUGUGUGCUGCUCAGUAUAUAUUCCUUCUACACUGUCUUUGUGCAGCAAGUGAAACUAUUGUUCCUUUAAAAUGCAUAUGUGUUCAUCUACUUUGACUUUAUACUUUUAACUGACACGCUGCUUCCAAAUUAUUUUCAGAUGGCAAUAUUCUCACCCAGAAGCGUUCCGUUUAACUGAUGAAAAACCCUCACAGUUCACCAGCGAGCUCUCCAAGCAUCCUAGCCUGCAUUUUCUCAGCAAACACACAUUGGUUUAGUGACCUCUCUGCCUUGACUGACCUUUACCAAAGUGCUUUUAAACAAAAUAUAUCAAACCCUCUGCACUGGGUCAAGACAAAAGUCACAAGGAAAACGAAAACCUUUCAGCUUGUGAUUUUUUUACAAGGUGCAAAAUGCUGUACUGGCUUACAGCCGUCGUCUUCCAUCACAGCUCAGAUCUUCCCCUGUAGUUGUUGUUUUGUUAAAUGUCACACCUGGCGUAUGGAAACUACUAAAUGCUUUUUGUGAAAGAAUCAUAAACAUUAGGUGAAUAGUGAAGAUGGGAACUUUUGAGGCUGACUUUGUGAUUAACCAUCCAGCGAGAGGUAGUACAGCUUAUCUUCCAUACUGUAAAUUCCCAUCUCUUAUCUUUAUUCCCUCACCCAGCGAAAGCUGGAUUUACAGACGUGUGUUUUUGAACUACAGUGGCAGCAGACAUCCUCCUCCAACAUUCACACCGUUUUUGGAUCUUUGCAAAUAGCAGCCGUAUAUGGAGUCGAACUGGAAAAUCGGGACAAGCCUGAAAUCGUAACUAUUCUUCCACUUUUAUUUACAGCUUCUUAGAAGGUUUCCUGGAAAGUGAAAUUCUGAGGAAAGUGCUCUUAGCUCACCACAUGCUGU